UAUCUGUUUAACAGCUCAUCUAUAAAAGUCUCCAGACCCUCCUUAACGUACAUGCUUUCAGGAAGAGUUGCCAGAUUGUGCCAACCUGGCAGGGGUUUUGUUGUCCAAAAUCUCGUUUAAUAUGAACAGGACUAGUUAACUAGUUACUUCUUGGCAGCUGAGGGACAUUUUUUAUUCGAUUUUAUCAAAACCAACGUGUUUAGAUUUUUUUUUUACACCCCAUUUUUUGUAAACAUUUCUGGUUUUCUCAAAUAUCAAUAAUCCCCACAUCUAAACAUCUCCCUCGCUGCUUUAUGCAAGAAAUAUUUUGUAUAAAAUUCGCCUGACUGGGUUUUUCUGGAGGAGGAAGAAGCUCUUUGCAGCGAAAAGCUGCUGCUUGUUUCUUUUCUGACACGGAUUGUUGUUUUUUAAUCGCUGUUUAUUGCUUAAAAUGACGGCUAUUGAGAAACUGCAGAUGUUAAUCGAAGCAGCUGAAUAUCUCGAUCGGAGAGAAAGAGAAGCGGAGCACGGCUAUGCCUCCAUGUUACCCUUCACCAGCAACAAAGAGAGGGAUGGCUUGAAGCGAAAAAUCAAAAGCAAGAAAAAUUGCAGCAGCAGGUCUACACACAAUGAGAUGGAGAAGAACAGGAGGGCACAUUUACGGCUGUGUUUGGAGCGCUUAAAAUCCCUCGUGCCCUUAGGACCAGACUCAAACCGGCACACGACCCUCAGCCUCCUCAUGAGGGCUAAGGAACACAUCAAGAGGUUGGAGGACGGUGAGAGGAAGGCCCAGCACACUAUAGACCAGCUGCAGAGAGAACAGAGGCACCUGCACAGACGCCUGGAGCAGCUCGGUGUGGAGCGCACACGCAUGGACAGCAUGGGCUCUUCAGACAAAUCUGACUCCGACCAAGAAGAGUUGGAUGUUGACGUGGAAGGAACAGACUAUCUUCUGGGAGACCUGGAGUGGAGCAUGAGCAGCGUGAGCGACUCGGACGAGCGGGGAAGUUUGCGCAGCAGCUGCAGCGAUGAAGGCUAUUCCAGUGCCAGUCUCCGUCGACUGGCCGACCCUCAGGACAAGAGCCCUGCGCUGGCCUGCAGUCUAUAAGAGCACAGACCCCCCUCAUCUCCUCCUGUACCUCCACACAGCUCCUCUAAUACUUGAACGCUGUUCAUCAGAUCAUGAAAGCGUCAUGCUCCCAUCACGCCAUCCUGGAGAAAAACCCUUAAAGAGAAUGUGCACCAUUUCACACCCACUGCCUCCGUCUCACAGAACCGUCCCGACGCACAUGACCUGUUUUGCUCUUACACUACCAGUCAUGUUUUUGAACAGUACGAUUUUUAAUGUUUUUUAAAGAAGUCUCUUCUGCUCACCAAGCCUGCAUU